CUCUGGAACAAAAAUCUCAUUGAUGGAACUCAUAUUCGAUUCAGUAUUAUAAUUUCUCACGUUCAAUUUCUAAUAUGAAAAGUCGAUUGACUCUAUUAUCAUAUUCUUACGAAGGGUUGGAAAGAGUUUCAAUUAGCUUAAUCUACUAGUUGCAUAAUUGAUAAUGAAAUUUCUGGUUGAUUACAUUGAUUUAAUUGUUAUUACUUCUCAUCAUCAUUGUAGUGUGCACCUCAUACUUGGUCAAUCGCGGCUGAGAUGAAAUUAUCGAUAAUCUUGUUUACGUUGAUUUACAUUUACAAAGCUAAACCGAUGGUUGGAUUGAGUUUGAAUGUUGGCCUAAUUGUUGGAUGUUUGAUUUACAUCAGUUCAAUAUUUUACUACAACGAGCUUGAACCUCAUGGUAUCACCAGGGGAUUCAGUAUACUUGACUUUGAAAACUGGAUGCACUUUAUUCACCUUCCAACAAUUAAUCGUCUAUGGUCUUAUAUAACUCCGAUCUUCGUUGUUUACUUGAUCAGUAAAGGAUUUAAAUUGAAUUCUAUUGAGACUGUUAAUCGUAUCAAAUGGAUUUCUAUCUUAACCAUUAUCGCUAUCACUUCAUUUCUUCUUCCAACUAUUUGGGGACCACUGAACAAUUAUAAGACUCCAAUGAUUGUGGCAAUUUAUUCAAUUUUUUAUCGACUGCUAUCAAUGUCUUUCUACGUGUUGAUAAUUAUCUUCGUUUCGAGUGAAAAAAUAUUCCAACAUAUAAAUCGUAAUAAUGAUUACUAUGAUAAUAAUAAGCUCUCGCCUUCAAUUGAUAACGUUAACAACAACACUUACAACAAACAACGUACGCGAAACUUUUACCUUCGUCGAAAUAGUAAAAUAGAUCAGUUCAUUCAAUCAACUGUAAUUUUACUUCGAUCAACAUAUUACGUUCAUGUCGCCGUGUUCAUUUGGUACUACAGUUCACAGAAAUGGCCCAUAUUACCAUCUAAGGAAUUGAUCGGUCAUAUGUUUUAUGCUAUAUUUUUAGCGAUUCAUGUUGGAUUAGUGUUCCAACUGAUUAUCCUUGGGCCAUUUGUAUCGUUAAUUGUUGAGAAAGUUGGUAACAAUCGAUUAUUCAAAACUGGAUCUUCACAAAUGGUCAAUUUACCGCUCACAAGAAACGGCGGAGCUCAAUGAGAGGACGAAUUGUUUAACAACAAUUAAAUUAAUUUACUCGAUAAAUUCUUGAUCAGUUGACAUUUUUUAUUGUUCCAUAGUAAUUGAAGUUAAAUUAUAAAUAAAUUUGUUAGAUUUUCAUCGUCAUAUUGAACCUUCGUGUCCACAAUUCGCACGAAACCUGUUUUUAUAAAACUAAUUCUGUUAAUUUUUAUUAUCCAAGUAAUUCAAUAAACUCAAUCUAUUUGAAA